UUGGGGGUCAAAGUUGACAAUUAGCAUUCCAAAUGGCUUCCUGUUGAGGUCUUGAUUCUAAGCGAGAGAGUCAGUUAGUGCAAUAGGUCUGUCUCCUUAACUCCCCCGUAGUGAUUGGUCACCGUCGUCCCAUGUAGUUAACGUCAGUGUAUCUCCGACUGUGUUGAGUGUAAAGGAACAUGGCAUUAUUAUUGAGAAAGUUGUAUGAAACCUACCGCUAUGUAAAUGAAGAUCUGGGAGAUAGCCGCACGGCGGACCUGCCCAUGAUGGGCAGUCCGUUCCCCACCCUGGCCCUCCUAGUGGCGUACAACAUGUUCGUACAGUGUUGGGGCCCGAGACUGAUGGCGAACCGCAAACCUUUCAACCUGGACAAGAUACUCUUAGUCUAUAAUGUAUUUCAAGUUGUUGCCAGCACCUACAUGUUUAUAGGGGGUUUUAUACUAGGUUGGGGGCGAGAUUACAACUACUUUUGUGAACCUGUGGACAAAGAAAUCACUCCACACACAAGGAGUAUUGCAUUUAUAGUUUACUUAUACUACCUGCUGAAGGUGACUGAUUUACUAGACACAGUAUUUUUUGUUCUAAGAAAGAAGUAUAGCCAGGUGACAUUCCUGCACAUAUACCACCACACUGGGAUGGUGGCUUUGUCCUGGAGUGGAGCUAAAUGGUUGCCAGGUGGCCAUGACACAUUUGUGGGUUGGGUGAAUUCUGUGGUACAUAUAGUGAUGUAUAGUUACUACCUCAUCACCAACGUAUGGCCAGAGUACAAGAAAGAUAUUUGGUGGAAGAAACAUAUCACCCAACUGCAGAUGUUGCAGUUCUUCAUCCUCAUCCUCCACUCAGUAGCAUUGUUGGCAAGUCCUGACUGUGGAUAUCCCAAGUUUACUGCUGCUGUCUUCAUCCCACAAAAUACUUUUAUGCUUAUCCUUUUUUACGAUUUUUAUAGAAAAGCUUAUCUCAAUAAAAAAACUAUAACAUAUGUUAGGUGUGACUUCCUAUAUAUUAUACAGUUACAAGAAACACUCUCAAGGAUGGCAGCCAUCAUCAGAAAACUCAUUGAUGGCUACACAUAUUUUAACGAGGAUCUAGCGGAUCCAAGAGGUAUUCAUUAUCCGUUGAUGUCAAAUCCCUUCGGUAUCGUCGUGAUCAUCGUCGUAUACAACUUGUUUGUGCAAUGGAUUGGACCUAAUUUUAUGAAGGACAGGAAACCAUACAAUCUAAAACCUGUCAUAGUAGUCUAUGAUGCUCUUCAAGUUGUUCUCAAUUUUUGGAUGAUGUGGCGAGUUUUAAGAGUGACUUACUUCUCAGGCAACUACAACCUACUCUGUGAACCAGUAGGAACUGGAACAUCACCUGAUGAGUUGCUGGUUGUAGAAACUACUUACUUUUACUUCUUGACAAAAAUUCUUGACCUUCUUGACACUGUGUUCUUCAUUUUGACCAAAAAGUCUAGCCAUCUCAGUUUUCUUCACCUCUACCAUCACAGUGGGAUGAUUGCCUGUGGCUGGAUUGGAGUCAAAUUUGUACCAGGAGGCCAAGCGGUGUUCUUCGGGUCAAUAAAUGGGUUUGUCCAUUGUGUGAUGUAUUUAUACUACCUCCUCUCAGCUCUCAAAUACCUGGACAGUCAGCACAUCUUCUGGAAAAGAUCACUCACCCAGCUUCAAAUGGUACAGUUCUUCUUGAUUGCUCUUCAUCAUAUUGCCGUGAUUGUCAACCCUGACUGUGACUUCCCCUGGUUCGUCAGCAGCAUGCUCAUCCCUCAGAACAUUUUCAUUUUCAUCCUCUUCGCUGAUUUCUACAGGAAAGCGUACUUGAAAAAAGACAAAAAAACAUAGUACAAGAAAGAUAAUUUGUCCUUAAUAGCAAUUUUACAAGCAUUUAAAUAUGCACACUAUACAUUUAAAUAGUUAAUGUACUACUUGUGUUUUAAUUAUUGAUGUAUUUUGUAGAUAUUUGAGUUUUAAAGUUUGUGUAGGCCUAAGGCUAAGUUUAAAUUGUGUAAGCAAACGUAUGUAAAAUCACUGUUGAAUAUAGAAAUGUUAGUAUUUUGUUUGCUAAAUUAUACUGCAGUAAAUUUGAA